GCAAGGUGUGCGCGAUUCCCUCGAAUCCCUCUCCGCAUUUUCUGCUCGUUUCCCAAGCGCUUGCCUGCUUCUCGCGUGCGCAGUUUAGUUUCGUAGUAAACUUGUGACCGGCAUCAUCGUGAACGGACGUGCGAGCGUGUUUCAUUCAACGUGAAAAAAUGGCACAUUAACUUUACCUGUUUUUAACUUAGUCAAACAUUGAGAAACAAUGGCGGACGAACUUCCGGAACAAGAAAAACCAACCUGUGAAGAUAAUGAAGACAAUGGUAGUUUGAUUGAUCAACCGGUGAAAAUCAAACGGAAGAUUACCCUCCUCAAUGGCGUGGCGUUGAUCAUUGGGACCAUUAUUGGCAGUGGAAUUUUUGUAUCGCCUACUGGAGUUCUUCUAGAGACGAAUUCCGUUGGGCUUUCUAUUGUGGUCUGGUGUUUGUCUGGUUUCUUCUCCAUGCUUGGCGCGUUGUGCUAUGCCGAGCUGGGUACCUCCAUCACUCGUUCAGGUGGUGAUUAUGCGUACAUCUACGCUGCGUUUGGACCGCUUUGUGGUUUCCUACGCCUCUGGGUGGCCAUUCUGAUUAUUCGUCCCACAACGCAAACCAUUGUCGCGCUUACCUUUGCUAAAUACGCAGCGAAACCAUUCUUUCCUGAAUGUGACCCACCGGAGAAUUCAGUGCGACUUUUGGCUGCUGUUUGUCUGUGCCUGCUGACGGCGGUUAACUGCCUGAGUGUGCGAUGGGCGAUGCGGAUUCAAAGCGUCUUCACUGUGGCCAAGCUAUUGGCAUUGGUGACUAUUAUUCUCGUUGGGCUUUACUAUCUUGUAUUUGAAGGCAAAGUGGAACAUUUUGAAAAUGCAUUUGAUGGCGAUUAUAGCCCGGUGCAAAUCUCCAAGGCGUUUUAUUCCGGAUUAUUUGCAUUUGGCGGAUGGAAUUUUCUUAAUUUCGUGACAGAAGAACUACAGGAUCCUUACAAGAAUCUUCCGCGAGCGAUAUGGAUCGCGUUGCCAAUGGUAACGGGCGUUUAUGUGCUCGCCAACGUUGCUUACUUUGUGAUUUUAUCCAAAACAGAAAUUCUAAGCUCCGAAGCUGUUGCAGUGAGCUUCGGAUUAAAAACAUUCGGUUCUUUCGCAUGGAUUGUCUCCGUUUUUGUCGCGCUGUCGACAUUCGGCGGCGUGAAUGGCAUUCUUUUCACUUCAUCACGACUAUUCUUCACUGGAUCCCAAGAGGGACAUCUGCCAGUGUUAUUUUCUUUUGUUCAUUCAAAACGCCACACGCCGAUUCCCUCAUUAAUGUUUACAUGUUCGGUAUCAUUGGCGAUGCUUUUCGUGAGUAACGUCUUCGUCCUCAUCAACUACUUCAGCCAGAUUCUCUGGUUUUCCGUGGCGGCAAGUCUCGCCGGCAUGUUAUGGCUGCGUCACAAGGAACCGGAAAUGGCGCGGCCAAUCCGUGUGAACACCGCCAUUCCAGUGCUGUUUAUCUGCUGUUGUAUGUUCCUGGUGCUCUUCCCAAUCGCAUCAGAGCCAUGGAACGCUGUUAUUGGCUUAGCUAUUACUCUUUCUGGCAUUCCGGUGUAUUACCUUUUUGUUACAAAGAAGAACUCUCACGAUAAGAAUUCCUGCGGCAUGAAGAUUACGAUAUUUUUGCAAAAGGCGCUGGAUCUUACAUGUCCCGAAAUCGAACAAAAGUUACAAUCAGAUUAAGACAAUCAUAUCUCUAUGGAUAUAACAAGGGACCAGUUUAAAUUGAAUCUUUCUUAAUUUUAUUACUAUGAGAAUCAUUAUUUAAUACUCAUUUGCUUGAUAUAUUUUAUAAGUAUUGUUAAAACACCACAUUAUUAUCAAAAUUUA